AUGUCUUCUGUACCAACCGAAGGAAACCUUACGGAAACUGAAAAGAAGUUUCUUGAAGAUCAAUCCGAUGUAGAAUUAUACAAAGAACAAGAGGGCAUUCACAAGGAAGAUCCAGAAGAUGAAUACUUGAAAGUCAAGGAUCGAGAAGAUUCAUACAAUAUCAUUUAUGAAUUUCUCAAACAAUUGAGUCCGCAAACUGAAUUGUGGAGAAUCAGUGUUCCAGCCUAUAUUCUUCAACCAAUCUCAUUGUUAGAGAAAAUUUCUCACUACUCAUCUCCGAAUAAUACAAUUGAGAAGAUCAAUGAUGAACAAUCUGCCGAGAAGAGAUUUAUUUCAAUUUUGGCAUGGGUCAUUAGUAAUUGGAGAACCAUUCCUCGUCAUGGUAUGCAACAAAGUAAACCAUUCAACCCUGUUCUUGGUGAGAUUUUCAAAUGUGAAUGGACUCAUGGCGAAGGAGAUGUUUCCAAAUUCUUAGGUGAACAAGUUUCCCACCACCCUCCAGUAUCAGCAUUUUGUUGUCACAAUGAAAAACGUCAAUUUACGUACACAGGUUAUGUGUUUCCAGUUACAUCAUUUUCUUGGAACAGUGUUACCACUUUGAUGGAUGGUGAAUUCAAGAUUACUCUUGGAAAGUUUAAUGAGGAAUAUAUUGUGAAUCAUCCUCCUGUUAGUGUCAGUAAUGUAUUGUGGGGAACUACUGUCAUUGAAAUUUAUGAUUAUCUCAAGAUUAAUUGUCCAAAGUCUGGUUUCAAUGCUUCAAUCUAUUUUGACUAUGGAAAAGACAAUUACUUGAGUGGAUAUAUUUAUGAUGCGGAUGGUUACAAGAAGCAUUGGAUUGAAGGAAAGGUUAAUCAAUCUGUUGAAAUUCAAGAUUUAUCAACAAAGGAAAAAAAACUUUUGUAUUCAGUAGAAACCUUAUCCCGUCCUCCAAAAACUAUUAGACCUGUCCAUGAACAAGAGCCAAGAGAAUCCAGAAGAAAUUGGCAUAAGGCUAUUUAUGCAUUGAAGAAGGAAGACUUUGAAGAGGCUCAACUCCAAAAACACUUGGUUGAGGAAAGAGAAAGGGCUAUCAGAAAAGAAAGAGCUGAAGCUGGUAUUACUUGGGCUCCAAAAUAUUUUACAUUGGAAGGCGAAAAACGAUGGGUUCUCAAGAAUUUUGACUGUUUUAAAUAA